AUGCGCUUCCGCCGCCAAGGCUCAGCGAAAACCAAAACGCGGCGGCUCGAGCGCCCUGCUGCUGGGCCUUUUUUCCGGCCGUGCUCGACGCAAGUCCGUGUGGAGCAAAGUGCGGAUGUACCGGAGUGGGGCACACAGGGGCCCGGCGUGUUCCCACUCGGUCAGAAAGGUGGCCGCGAUCGCGCGUGGGUCAUGCACAUCUUUCGUGUGCAGCUGUGCCCAGUGCACCUGCUCACCUCCGUCAAAACCCAUCUGGACUUUGGGAGGCCCGUCUAUCAAUCCGACAAGCAGUUUUGCGAGCCGCAUCUUGCGCAUCAGCAGCAAGCAUCUGCUCGUGGCGCCGACACCCACAUGUCGUCGUUCAAAAACAUCUUUCGAAACACCAACAAAGACAGUCCGUCGGCUGCAUCCAGCUCGGGAGAUCACAAGCGCACCAAGUCCACUUCGGCAUCUCCGUAUACUUCUUCGGGCCAGCCGACGCUCGACUCAUCCUUUUCCAGGGGUGCUUACGCUGCGACCAACUCUUCGGUGCCCGUCUCGCCGCUCUCCACGCCGGUCAAUCUACCUGCCAUCGACGUGACCGACGUCUCGAGUCUCAGCCCUCAGCGUCCUCAGAGUUCGGCCGACUCCGACGCCUCCACGCUGCGAACUGCUGUGCCUCCCGCCGCAGACGACGCUCACCCAAUCCAGUCCAGCUCGGUGCGUUGGGAUCCCAAGGGCACCGUACCUGCCUCGUCCUCAUCACGAUCCAUGGCGCGCCCGUCCUCCUCGGGCCACAGUCAGUGGCGCAGCGAGCCCGGUGGAGCGCUCUCCUCAACGGGCGGCGGCAAAGCCUCUCGUCGCAGCUCCAAGGUAGACAAGAGCGACGACGGCCACGGCAAGUCCGAACCGCUCAACCGCCACGAGCUGAUGCGACGCGCCAUGGCCACCGCCCAGGACUACCACGCCGACGACCACGACGGCGACGACAGCGGCAGCGUCUUUGAGGAUGAUCAUGACCACCUCUCAAACUCGCAUCACUCGCAUGGCGCCAGCCAUCAUGCCCACAACCAGCAUCACCCCGCCCAUCCGCAUCCCAACACCUCCACCCCACUCACUUCCCGUCUCGCCCCGCAUCCAGAUGCUCCUUCAGAUCGCCCCGGCGAUGGCAGCCUCUCCAUCGAUGCCUUUGGCAAUGGCCAUCCUCGUGUCGUCAGUGCCAAUGCUAAUGGCGCGCACAACGCCAAUCCGGCUCGCUCCUCGGCCUUCCCCACGCCUGCCACGCCGUCCAAGGAGACGUCUUCGGCCGCCGCCCCCUCGCAGACUCUCACGGCAUCUGCGACCAUGCCUACCAUCGUCACUCCUGCGCCCAUCCGUGCCGAACUGCCUCGGUCAGACUCUCUCGAAGAGAUCAUCAACCAGGGCAACGUGUAUUCUCCCAAUCGUCCUGCCUCUGAAGGCUUGGGAUUCCAAAACAACGGCCAGCGCGGAGCACCACAGCGCGCCAGCACGCUCAUGGAUCGUCCCAUCUCGCCGGAGCGCAACACACUUCAGGGCAUGUCCAAGAGCGCCUCGAGUGGCGCACUUCUCCGCCCCUCGGAUGUGCCCAGCGCCAUGGACGGUAGCCCCAGAAGGCCCUCCGACGCUGGCUCCACGAGCGGCCUCGGUCCCGGCUCCCUGCUGCGUCUGCGCAAGAACAGCGACAGCAGCACCAUCAGCAAGAUGAGCAAGGGCAAAAAGAACGGUGCCGCCUCGACCGGUAUCGCGGGCGCCUUAGCAGCCAGCGGCAUCGCAGGCAUGGGUGUCGGACACGCCGCUGCGCUUCAGCAAUCGCAAGCCGCCUUGGCUGACGCAGACUCCACCGCGACCAAAAAGAAGAAGGAUGCCAAGCGUGCCAACUCCGCGAAUGGUGAUGAUGGCGCUGCACACGUCUCUGGCUUCCAGGGCGGUAUCUAUCGUGAUCCCUCCACCGGAACUGUGGUCGAAAAGGAUCAGGAUGGCAACCAGUUUCAUCCUCCGCGUCCCCACCGCGACCGCAGUACGAGCAGCUUCAUGUCCUACGACGGAUCCGUCACCAGCGAUCGCUCGUCUGUCAGUGGCCUCGGCGCCGCCGCCGGCUUUGGAGCCGCUUCGGCCGCGCUGCUGUCUUCGAUCGGAGGCGUGCCCGGCAUGCCCACCCCCAUGCUCACGCCCGACGGCGGCCAUCCGAUCGGUGUCGGUGGCCUCGUUCCGCCCGAGGCGGGUGGUGUCGGUGGCGGUGGCGACCACAUUGAUGGCGAGACCACGUGGCCCGACGACAUGGGCCCGCAGAUCACAGGAUUCGCGGUGGCCAGCUCCAAGCGCAACAACGAAUUCCACCAGCUCUUUCCCCAGGUGCCCGAGGACGACUACCUCAUCGAAGACUACGGUUGUGCACUUGUGCGCGAGAUCCUCACGCAGGGCCGGCUGUACAUCUCCGAGAACCACCUGUGCUUCAAGGCCAACAUCUUUGGCUGGGUCACCAACGUCGUGCUGCCUUUCUCCGAGGUCAUCUCGAUCGAGAAGCGCAUGACGGCGUUCGUCAUCCCGAACGCCAUCCAGAUCGCCACGCUGCAGAGCAAGCACAACUUUACGUCGUUCCUCUCGCGCGAUGCCACGUACGAUCUCAUCGUCAACAUCUGGAAGCUCUCGCAUCCGGGCGUGCCCAUCGCCGCAGCCGACCAGGCGGACCUGACCGACGAGUAUUCGGAGAUCGAGGACGAGGCGGACUCGUCUGCCGCUGCCGCCGGCGCGGGCGGUGCAGAUGCCAAGCAGCGCGAUGGUGAUCAGGGCGGCAAGGAUGGCGGAGAGUCGAAGCCGUCGAAGCGCGCGCGCCUCAAGCGCAAGCUCAAGGGCACCAAGACAGGCGUGCGCGACGAGAACCUGGCGGCAGUGGCGGCGGCAGCCGCGAGGUCGGGCACGCCGCUCAUCCCGCAGAGCCGAUCGCCCGCGCCUGGCGCCAAGCGCGUGGCGCACCGCAAGACGACGUGUCCGUGCGAGGAGAAGAAGGAGCACUUUUCGUCGGUGGUGCUCGACACGACGUAUCCGGCGGUGCCGGAAAAGAUAUACAACCUGCUGUUCACGAGUGGCUUCAUGAAGGAGUUCUGGACCAACGACCAGAAGCUCAUGGACCUGCAGGUGGGCGAGUGGAGCCCCAACGCCGAGAACCGCAACCUGCUCACGCGCGACAUCUCGUACAUCAAGCCGCUCGCGGGCGGGUUUGGGCCCAAGCAGACCAAGUGUGUGCUGGUGGACGCAAACGUGCACGUCGACUUUGACAACUACGUGGUGACGCUCACCACGACGCGCACGCCCGACGUGCCCAGCGGCGGCAGCUUCUGCGUCAAGACCAAGACGUGCAUCACCUGGGAGGGGUCGGGCAACGUGUCGCGCGUCUACGUGACGUGCCAGGUGGAGUGGUCCGGCCGCAGCAUGCUCAAGAGCAUCAUCGACAAGGCAUCGCUCGACGGCCAGAAGCAGUACUACAAGGAGCUCGACGAGGCGGUGCGCAAGUACCUCACCGACCACGCCUCCGAGUUCAAGGAGGAGGGCGACGAUGCCGCCGCAGUCGAAGAGAUCGCACGCGCCGCAACGCCCGGGCCCAACAGCCGCAAGGGCGCCGCAGCGGCGGGCGAAGCUGGCGCCAACAACGGCGACCGAGCGGCCAACGGCGGCUCGGGCGGGGCAGGCGCAGGCAGCAGCGGCGAUUCGGCCGGCAGCGGCGGCAUCGUGGACCGCGUGAUGGACGGCUUGGGCAUGGUGGGCGAUCUGGUGGGCGGCGCGCUCGAGAUGGUUGGCCUGCAAGACGUGAGCUUCAAGACGCUUGCGUUUGGCGUGGCGAUUGUGGUGCUGCUGGUGUCGAACGUGUACACGUGGCGGCGCGGGUCGGGCGCGCUGGCAUCGUCGUCGCGCAUGGUGCAGCAUCUGGACGGCAUGCAUGCGGCGCAGAUGAACCGCGGCUACUUCAGCCACGACGGCUACUACGGCCCGCUCUCGCCGCGUCGCGGUGCGGGUGGCGAGAACGGUGCGCCGCCCGCGUACGAGCGCGUCUUUGCCCCCAACGUGUACAUCACGCCGCCCGGCGGCGCUGCGAUGACACCCGAGGCGAUCGCAAAGACGGUCGCCGACGUGCUGGAGCGCAUGUACGAACAGAACCUCGAGCGCUUCACCAAGGGCGCGCGCGAGGCGGACGCGGAUCCCGAGACGGUCAAGCGGCUGCUCGCAGAGACCGAGGCGCAGCUCAACCGCAUCGAGCGCAAGCUCAAGGCGCUCAACCAGGAUGCUGCCCAGGCUGGCCAGGCUGCCACUGGCAAUCCCAAGGCGGAGCUUUGA